AUGGCCCUUUUUGAGCUCUUGACGAUUGUCGUGCUGAUUCUGCUCGAUCCGACGUACGUGACAGCGUAUAUCUCUGUGAACUAUGAGAUCGUGCUCAUCUACAUCGUCUCAGCGCUCACCCUUCUCUAUUGCAUCGUCUCCGUCAUCAUGUACUUCUUGCUGGCCAAGCGAGGAGAAGAGACACCGCUGACGAACUGCUCUCUAUCUGAAGUGAUAUUCUCUACGGCCGGCAUUAUGGGAUGGCUGAUCAUAAUCGGUAUUGGCGGCACGAUUUCUCAACGUACCAUCAUCGAGACCGGGGAGCGCUUCGGAUGGAUCGGGGUAAGUCUCGUUUGCGUUCUUAUUCUUUUCCCAUUAGAAGGAAGUUCAGAUCAUACUCAUUUUCGUGUUCCUGGCUUUUUAUACCAUUUCGAUACCUACCACUGCACUAUCUACCCCUAUCUGCUGGCUGUCGUACCGGUGCUUGUCCCUUCUAGCACCUUGUCUUUUCCUGUAGUCAUUCACGUCUGUUGUUAUAGUAGUUCUUGGCUCUGGAGUCCUUACACUCUUCGCUGUACCUUUCCUUUCCAAAUCUGA